AAGGAAGAUGGUACCGUCAAAGAAGCCAACAAGGAAGAAGAGCCCAAAGCGGACGAGCCCCUGUCCAAGCCGAAGGCCUUGAUGCGACCAAUGAUUCCGGCUCAGAAGAAGCGUCGCCCACACCGCAAGACGCACGGCAAGAUCAGCUUUCAGCACCUGGCCCGUAUGGUGGGGGAGCGCUGGAAAAGUCUAGACGAAGAUCGUCGCAAGUACUAUCAAGAGUUGGCCCAAGAAGACAUGAAACGGCAGAAGGCGGCGAUGGAAGCCUACUACGCC